CGCAGUCACAUGCUGAGCCUGGAUGAUAAACACACUCUCAUUGGAGUUGAAGGGAAGAGCCCCGGCUGGUGCUGCAGGAAAGGAGAGGAAACGCUCGGUGGUGGAAACUCAUGCAGCGAUCGAUUGCUACUGUCUGAUCUCUCUCUGUGUGAUGUAAAGAUGGAUGCCUGCCGAAAUAGGUUAUAAACGUGGGAAAGUGAGUCCCUCCCCGGCUUUGUUGCAGUUUCCCCUGUUCUGGCCAAUUGCUUGCUUUGCUACAGCAUGACCACAGCAGUGUUGGCUCAUCUGGUAGUUCUGGCAAAUGAAAAUGGAGGAGGUUUCAAUGUCCAGCCUGGACAACAGCAAGCUGGAGGGCCUAGCUCAGGACAUCCUUUCUGACCUGGUGGAGGAUGCAUGCCUGGGUCUUUGCUUCGAGGUCCACCGGGCUGUAAAGCAGGGCUAUUUUUUCCUGGAUGAGACGGACCAAGAAAGCAUGAGGGACUUUGAAAUCGUGGACCAGCCGGGGUUGGAUGUGUUCGGCCAGGUGUACAACCAGUGGAAAAACAAAGAGUGUGUGUGUCCCAACUGCAGCCGAAGCAUCGCUGCCUCACGCUUUGCCCCGCACCUGGAGAAAUGCCUGGGGAUGGGACGCAACAGCAGCCGCAUAGCCAACCGCAGAAUAGUCACCGGUAACAACACCAACAACAAGUCAGAGAGCGACCAAGAGGAUAACGACGACGUCAACGAUAAUGACUGGUCUUACGGGGCAGAAAAGAAAGCCAAGAAAAGGAAAUCUGAUAAGAAUCCAAACUCACCCAGAAGAUCCAAAUCAUUCAAGCAUAAGAGCAGCAUGAUGGGUCCCAGACGUCGCAUGGACAACCAGGAGAGCCCGCGCAUGCUGAUGAAAGAUGAGGCGUUCCCUCAAUAACACACUCAGCCACAAACACACAUUCUCUUACCAUUGUGUGUAUGUGUGUGUGCACAUACACACAAACGCGGGAAGACCAGUAACACUUCACCCUCGGCUCUUUUAUGUUGUGAAAUCAAUGGACGUCCAUGUUCUAGGUGACAUUCAUGGCGUUUGCUGCUCUGCAGAAGCAGUCCAGACCUCCCACUGUAUACUUGACAGAUUCACAAAAUCAAUGCACCAACACUCAUUUUUUCUUUGUUUUAGUUCAUUUUGUCUCAGAAGGUUUUUUUUGCUGGAGUCCAAAAUAAUGAAUAUCACCGAAUAUCACCGUAUAUCACUGCACAGAGGUAGAUUCCGAUUCGUGCAGCGGCCAAGCAAAGGCAGCUGUGUGAGGAGUGAACGUGUGCACAUACAGUAUGUUGUUGUUUUUUUUUAAAUACAGAAAUGAUUAGGCAUUAGGUGUACUUCAAUUUCCUCACCUUCGUAAGGUCUCAUUCAUUGAAAAAUAAUGUCAAAGACAAUCAUUACUAAUGGUUUGUCUCUUACUUUCACAUUCACUGUCAGGCUCAUAGUUCUCCAGUUGAAUCACAAUACAGCAACUCUCAGUCUGUCAUUCACCUGUGGAAACCUGUUUUAAAAAAAUGUUCAGUAAAUGAACCCCUAAUUGUACAAGCAGGUGUUUGCGACAGAAGGCAGGUUUGUUUUGUUCCAUUUUUGGUGGAUAGGUCGGCUUGUUUUCUAGCAUUCAAAAAUGUCUUUGUAUCAUGUGUUUACAUUGUAAAGGGUUACAUAUAUCUUUGGUGUGAUGUGAUAGUGUAAAUAUUCCAAUAGUUGAAUUGCUGCUAUCAUGGCUCAGUUUGUUUCAUCUGUCUAGCAUAAUAAAUGAUUUGUUACCUGUCGUUACGUUUCAUGGUAACUUAAAGAGGCA